AUGGGUAAGGACUUCGCUGUGCGCUGUGUGUCACUGUCUCGCUGCGCAGUGGUGUAUGCCGGUGGUCUCCAUGUGGUGGUGUGGCAGGUUGUAGGCCAAAAUCAGCUAGCGGCCAUGGUGGAGGUUCCACAGACUUUCUACAACCGCACUGUGGGUCUCAUGGGUUUCUGGAGCACCAGCCGUGCUGACGAUUUCCUCAUGUCCGAUGGCAGGAUCCUGCCCUCAGCGGGCCUCAAACUCCCAUCAGAAAAAAGGCUGCAUGACUUUGGCAUGUCCUGGGCAGUUCCAGUUCCUGAGAGCCUGUUGUUCUCUCCACCUGCAUUGGUUCAACUGGAGCCAGUCUCCUCUGAGAGCUUGAUGAAAAACGUCAGUCCUGCUGAGACUGAGGAGUUGAGGAAAAUCUGUAAAGGCAGCAUGCAGUGUGUCUAUGAUACCUUGGCAUCCGGCAGCUCUGAUCUGGGCCUGCAGACUCUGGACGCCGAGCAGAACUAUGAAAAUCUGGCUAUGAUCUAUGGUAACAUGCCCCCCAUAGUGACGGGGCCCACAGUGAUCCGCUGUAAGGUCAACUCUACUGUCAACAUUCAGAUUGAUGCUCAGGACCCAAAUGGAGACCUCAUCACCUACUCACUGCUCUUCCCCAGGCCUCCACGGGCUUCUAUAAGCGGAGCUACUGGCCUCCUGACGUGGACACUGCUCACCACACAGCCUGUCAAACUGACCAUCAAAGUCAGUGACAAGGUCACCAGCUCUCUGUUCACCCCCGUCCUUCGCAUCUGCAACUGCCUCAACGGAGGAACGUGCCAGUACGACAGCGUCACUGAAAACCACCAGCAGGGAAAGUUCCAGGUGCACUAUGAACAUACUCUGUUUAUUAUUCUUUCCUCUCAGGUGGUGGGGUGCCUGUGCCCAAAGGGAUUCAGCGGGAAGUUCUGUGGGAAAACUCCAGACGUGUGUCAAGGCAAACCCUGUUUCCAAGGGGUGCAGUGCCAGUCAAAGUCAGAGCCUGACCAGUUCACCUGUGGAGAGUGUCCUAUCAAUACUGUCUCUGGGGGAAAAGAGGGAUACAAGUGCUUUGAGCAUGACUUGUGUGCCCCUCCGUACCCCUUCCCCUGCCACAAAGACGCCAUCUGCGACAGCAUCAAACAUGACUACAGCUGCUCAUGUAAAACUGGCUUUACAGGGGACGGUUACAACUGCACAGAUAUAGAUGAGUGUGCAGACCUCUCAGCCUGUCCCAGUGCCAAGUUUGAGUGUCAGAACAAGCCUGGCUCUUUCGACUGCUUCUGUAGAUACCAGAACUCCAGAAACACUGAUGGAUGUGGUGACUCUGCCAAUCCUCCAGGUAAGCACUUCCUCUGGUGUUUCCAUGGUAAACACGCCCAUAUAUGGUAA